AUGCGCAAAUGGACGCUGCGAUGGAAACUGCCUGAGUUUGCGUGUAAACUGUGGCUAGUGCUGCUGGUCAGCCGUGUUUGUGUGUGCGAUGGAGACCAGGCUGCUGUGACCGACUGCUUCAAACACGAGCGCCACACCAGGAACUACGACUACAUGGAAGGAGGGGACGUCCGGAUCCGACGCCUCUACAGUCGCACGCAGUGGUUUCUGAUGAUCGACGAGUUCGGGAACAUCAACGGGACGCAGGAUCCCAACAACUGCUACAGUGUUCUGGAGAUCAGGACGGUUUCGGAGGGCGGCGUGUUGGCUAUAAAAGGACUGAAGAGCCAGUAUUAUAUUUCCAUGAACCGCACCGGAAUGUUACAGGGCAAAAAAGACUACAACGACAGCUGCAACUUCAAAGAAGUGUUUUUAGAGAACUACUACACGGCGUACUCGUCCGUCAAAUGGACUAAAAACGGCAAAGAGAUGUUCAUCUCUCUGUCACAGAAGGGCCGGCCGCUGAGAGGAAAGAAGACGAGGAAGGAGAGCAUCUCUUCUCACUUCAUCCCUCGAAAGUGCAGAGAAGACGAGAAGAAGCUGGCGUGAAGAAGCUCCAGAGAUCUGUUCUGCUUUAGUAGUCUGAUUCACUUCAACUUCAGCAAUAACACACACACACACAUGAGAAGCAGUUGGUGAAACUGCAUACAUGAAAGUGUUUUGGACUCAUGUAAACAAACCGUUAUAAAUACUCAUCUGUAUUUUGAGAUAAAGCUAUUUUUAUAUUUGAGAGAGAUGUUUAUGUUAGAGCCCAUGAGAACGAGAACACCAAAUAAACACUGCGAUGCAUUUAUACAGAUGAUCGUUCUCAUUAAACACGGCAGUGCUUUAGAUCACAGCGUUUAUAGCGCUCCAUUUAUACCGAGUAAACACAUUUACAUGCCUUCACCAUUCAUCCUGAGGAGCUCGUUUAGUCUGAGACAUUCCCUUCUCGUUUCCAGUUCAGUGAGGAAAUAACAGCAGUUCCCUUAUUUCAUUUCAUUUGACUUUUUCUGUUUUAAUCUUCGGGUUUGACAUUUUUACCAUUUAUUAUUUUCACUCUAAAAAUUGCAUGCCUUUCACAAUAGUGAGUGCUUCAUCAGUUGUAAAAAAAAUACAAUGUUUGUCUUGUAAUCUUCCGUCUAAAUGUCAUAACCAUUUUUAUUUUUUAUCAUCAAUCCACUUUCAUAUUGAGAAUCCAUCGGAUGAAUGAUGAACUGAUGCUUUAACCUGUGAGUCUGACUGUAUCUAGUUUCUCAUAAUCACGAUCCUGUCCAUGUGUUGUUGUGUGUUAUUUAUGAUAUUUAUGAGUUCGUGAACACAGUGAACCGUCUGUAUUCUGGAUCGCUGUGCUGCAAACACACACAGAGUUUGCAGGUGUUUAUAAUUUGCUGCUACAAAUCUGAGGUUUUAUAUGAUUAUAGAUUCAUUUCAAUAAACAUGUAUAUAUAUA